CUACUGCUGUUGCUGGAGAUUCUGUCGCAGACAAACCCAACCACAUCCGAUAGCUAGUGCAGUCAGUACCUGUCUUCAAGGCAACCAGGAAGGAGGAGGGCAGACGGAUACAUCCAAGGUUGCGGUGCCUUACCUUAACAUCGGUCACCAACCCAACACCGAACCGAAUCCUCGAUCAGAAUCAGACUAUCCUCCCCCAGAACAAUGUCCGCCGGUAUCCCGCAAAGAUUCUGGGGUUCGCCCAUUCGAUACCUCCGCUGGGCUGCACAUGAGAAACCGGCCAUCUUCUGGAGCUGUGUUAUCGGUGCUUGUGGACCAUUGACCUUUGUGGUGAUUCCCCCGAUCAGACGAUAUGUUGGAGAUGAAGAUCCUCCGAGAGUGCCCUUGACAUAUCCCGUGCCUAAAGGGCCCAGGGUCAUACCCAAAGGAUUUGAUGACGAGUGAACUUAACAAGGCGAUGGAUUGAUUACACUUUGAGGUUGACAGACACGCGAGAACAUCUACAGAGGUGUUAGGUUGGGGAACAAACCGCCGAAAUGGCUAGCUUGGUAUCAAGACUCAGAAGAGAGGUGCGAAGUAAGUUUAACAUCGGAGCGUCGACGAUCAAAAGAAGCUGUUCCAUACGAAUGGAUGUUCGUCAUGGACCUUCAUGUACAUAAACAUACCUGGUUCUUGACAAGAUAUAUGCAAAUGAAACAGAAAAAACACGAUCAAACCCAGAAAAA